GGGGGAGUUCUGACGACUCCGAGUCCGAGCGUCUUUCCGAAUCCGACCGCGUCCGUAUUCAAGAAGCCCUGCGAUCGGAUCGGAACCUUUCCGAAACGGUUCCGUGGGGCGACUGCUCUGGGCCCAAGGUUUCGAAUCGUAAACAACUGGCAUAAACAUCUAGGUGAGGCACACAAUGGAUCACCUUAUCUUACGAAUCAUGAUACGGCGAGCUCGUGAAAGGAGACGUAGAAUUCAAAUCAACCUAUCUCGCAUUGAGAAGGCUCAGCUAAGGGACAUGUUGGAUCCAUUUGCAGUCACUGAGACUGAAUUUUGUCAGUAUUAUCGUCUUCCAAAAGUAUUAGCCAGGGAGCUGAUAGAUAGUUUAGAGCCCUACAUGCACCAACCUCAGAGAGCAUCUGCAAUACCCGUAUACUUAAAAGUCCUGUGUGCACUGCAUUUCUUUGCCAAUGGUAAUUUUCAAAAACCAAAUGAAAGGAACUAUGACCUGGCCAUGUCUCAACCAUCUGUGAGCCGCGCUAUUGAUGAAGUUGUGAAUGUGAUGAAUAGACUUGACAUACUCCAAGCUCACAUUAGAUUUCCAAGAGAGUACAAUGAGAGGAGGCUAGUCAUCCACAAAAACUCCCUGGCUUCAGAUUUAAAAUGUGUUAUUGGGUAUGUUGACGGGACUCACAUUCCCAUAAAGAGACCGACUGAGAGAGAGGAUAUAUUUGUAAACAGAAAGGGUUACCAUUCCAUAAAUGUGCAAAUUACCUGUGACACUGAUCUCGUCAUCCUAAAUGUCGUUGCUCAAUUUCCUGGAUGUACUGAUGACGCUUACAUUUGGGCUGGCUGCAGUAUUCGUGAAAGGAUGGUAGCUAUUUACAAUGAAGGAAGAGGAGAAUCCUGCUGGCUGUUAGGAGACUCUGGCUAUCCUGAGGAACCCUGGCUUCACACUCCAAUUCCUGACGCUGCAGAAGGUUCAAAAGAAAGGGUCUACACAGAGAAGCAUUGUUCAGCAAGGAACGCUGUUGUGCGCUGCAUUAGGAUCUUAAAAGGAAGAUUCUUAUGUCUCUCAAAAAUACGGGCCCUUGAUUAUCAUCAUUUGAAAGUGUCUAAAAUGGUAAAUGCUUGCUGCGUCCUACACAACAUUUGUGUGAAAGCUCGCCUUUCAGACCCAGACCCAGUGCCAGAGGAAGAGGAACUUGAGGAUGCGGGUGAUGAUCAUGUCCUGGAUGAUGUGUGUGAUGAGGAAGUGGUGCAAGAGGUUGAUGGGGGGAGGAGUCACAGGAUCAGAAACUUGUUAAGAGAGGCACAAGAUAUACGUCAACGUUACCUCAUUGACUGUCAAGAAGUUCCACCUUGCCUCUAAUGGAUCUGCAGGUAGGCAACGCGCGCACUUAGCAGAGCUUGUCAGCUAAUAGUACUUCUGAUUAUUAUAAAGAAGAAUUAGCUGUGAGAUUAUUUUCUCCAUGUGUCGAAAUCCAUGGGAUAACAGU